UGACAAUCAGUUUUCCCGCCAACUCGUUUGCAUGAAGUUGUGGCGCGUGAUAAUUAAUUUAAUUUAAUAAAUUAUGAUUACGAAGUUCAUAUCAUAAUGAUAAAAUAUAUAGGUUUUGUUUGUGUGCUAGUCGUGUUGGCGGGAGCGGAGCGGCGAUUUCCUGAUGGGUUUAAAUUCGGCGCAGCCACCGCGGCUUAUCAAGUUGAAGGCGCUUGGAAUGUUAGCGAUAAAUCACCAAGCGUAUGGGACAUAUUCACCCAUGACCAACCACACGCGAUAGCCGAUGGUUCGAGUGGUGACGUUGCGUGCGAUUCAUAUAACAAGUGGCGGGAGGAUAUAGAGCUGGCUGCCGAAUUGGGAUUGCAUUUCUAUCGAUUAUCAAUAUCCUGGCCACGAUUGCUGCCAAAUGGUUUUACCAAUAUUAUAAGUGAAGAUGGCACGAGGUACUACAAUGAUCUUAUUGAUGGAUUACUGGAGAAGGGAAUCGAACCUGUCGUCACAUUGUACCAUUGGGAUCUGCCACAGAACUUACAGGAUUUAGGUGGCUGGACGAACCCCCUUAUCGUGGGUUGGUUCAAAGACUACGCAAGAAUUGUGUACACUCUCUUUGGAGAUCGAGUCAAAACCUGGAUAACAAUCAACGAACCCAUAGUUAUAUGUGAAGUGGUAUAUACCAUGGGUACAUUCGCCCCUGGUAUAUCUAGUCCUGGUAUUGGCAAUUAUUUGUGUGGAAAGAAUAUUUUAAUGGCUCAUGCUGCUGCCUGGAGAGUAUAUGAUGAAGAGUUUAAGCCGAAAUAUCAUGGUAAAGUAUCCUUAACAAACCAAAUAUUUUGGAUGGAGCCAUAUUCCGAGGAGUUUAUAGAAGAAGCCGAAUUUACAAUGCAGUACGCAGCAGGGUUUUAUUCUCACGCUAUUUAUACGAAGGAGGGAGGUUGGCCGCCAACUUUUGAGAAAUAUAUCGCGGAAAAGAGCAAGAGGGAGGGAUACCCUAGAUCCAGGUUACCUCCUUUUACGGAAGAAGAGAAAGAGUUUGUUAAAGGCACACACGACUUCUACGCAGUGAACCACUACACGAGCCGGUUGGCUCGCUCGCUGCAGCCGGGCGAGACGGCCGGCUUGUGGCCGAUGUUCGGUGCGGGGGAGAUAGAUGUAUUUCUUGAUGUACAUCCCGAUUGGCCACAAGCAGCUAAUAGCUGGUUUUUCGUAAACCCUCCAGGUCUACGCAAAUUGCUAGUCUGGUUGAAGAAAAACUACGGUGACUUGGAAUACAUGAUCAUUGAGAACGGUUAUUCUACACGUGAAGGAGAUAUCAAUGAUUCUAAAAGAAUACAGUAUUAUCAAGACCAUUUAGAACAAGUGUUGCUUGCGAUACAGGACGGUGUGAAUGUAACAAGAUAUACAGCAUGGACUCUGUUCGAUAACUUUGAAUGGACUGAUGGUUACACGUCUAAAUUUGGUUUAAUCGAUGUGGACUUCAACGAUCCUUCCCGGAAGCGAACACUACGCAACUCUGCCCGGUUUUACGCAAAUAUAAUUAAAACGCACUCAUUGGACGAUAUUAAUACUAUAAAUAAGAUUUAAUAGUAAAUAUUAAUAUAUUAUGAGUAUUAUAUUUUAAGUGUUUGUUAUUAGUUAAGUGUUGAAUAAAAUUUUGUUUAUUUUCAGUUGUUGUUUUUCUUGAAUUAAAAUUGCGAUACAUUGACA